GUUCCGAUUGGAGUUGUUGCCUCCCGGAGUCGUUGAAGACGGGUUCGGCUUGUUUCCACCGUCGUUGUUAUUCCCAUUGCUUACGCCGUUGAUGUCAUGCCCAUCCUCGAGACUGAUCGUCAAGGUUUCCUCGUCGAGUGCGGCAAGGAUUCGACACCACUGAUCACGAACAAGAACCUCUAACAAUCCUGACUUUGCAACUCCAGCGGCAGCCAUCGUCAUCUCGGUAUUAAUACCCUGGAUCAUCGGUGCAUCAUCAAAUUUACCACAAUAUCGAGCAUUACACAUGAGCACUGUCGCGGCCCGGAUACAACAAGACGUCGGUGCGGUGGGCGGCAGUGCAGUAUAGCGAGUAUUCAGCGAGUGGUAUACUACACGACUCCGGCGCCCGAUUCAUCCGGGGGCCCGUGAAGCUAGCAGCUCGCCUACGCUGCCUGAUGAAGGUGCGAGCGAUUCAAUCAAUUAUCAAGACAUGAAAGAGAAACCAUACACGACGAAUGGACGACUACAUUAUAUUUAGGGGGUAUCUUGCCUCAGUCAAAGAAAUUAAUACAAUAUAUGUAACCACCUGAAGCACAAUGGAUAAGAUGAAUCUUUUGAGAUCAGUUUGGUGUUUGCAAUACCACACAUCAAGACACAUCGGGCAUCAUCAGAAGACCAACCUCAGACGUUACUUGACAAAUACUACUAAAGUACAAUGCGAUAGGAGUGUACCAUUGCCUUUCAGGAGAUUGCCUUUGAAGGGUCUUCAGAAUGUAGCAGUUUCUCACUUACAUCAAUCAUGGUCAUGCAGUCUGACCAGAUUGUCACCAAAAGGCUGUCAGGAAACUCAACCUUCCCAACUGUUUUCCACCUCAUCCAUGCUUUGUGAUACAUCUAGCAGAAAUGAGGAUGAUGCGAAGGGCAGCAGAGAUACCGAUGAAGCGCUAGCUGCUUCGAAGGAGAGACAUGCAUCAAUUAGAACGUUGCUUGAUAAUGCGAAGACUGAGGAGAAGCUCCCUGAUGAAUUUGACUUUGACGGUGAUCUAGAGACUGGUUCUGUUGAUAGAAGACGUCAGUCCGGUAAACCAAGGAUUGAUCCGGCAGAGACUUCCGUGCUUCUGUUCCCUGGUCAAGGCUCUCAGUUUGUUGGAAUGGGAAGAGAUCUGCUGAAGUACCCAAACGUUGAAGACAUGUUUGCAGUCGCUUCAGAAAUUCUUGGGUAUGAUUUACUUUCAUUGUGUGUGAAUGGACCCGUCGAGGAGCUCAAUAGAACUAUACACUGCCAACCUGCUGUGGUAGUCACAUCCUUAGCUGCUGUAGAAAAAUUAAAAGAAGAACAACCGAAGGCAAUAGAGAACUGUGUAGCAGCAGCAGGAUUCAGCGUUGGAGAGUUUGCUGCGUUGGUGUUUGGUGGAUCUAUCUCAUUUGAAGAUGCAAUACACCUGAUCAAGCUACGAGCGGAAUCAAUGCAGCUUGCCUCCGAGGCUGUCUCCAGCGGGAUGAUAUCGGUUGUAGGAGGGAAGAAGGCUAGAUACAAGUUCAUCUGCAAGGAAGCUGAGAAUUACUGUCGGAAUCAUCACGGUAUCGCUCAUCCGGUAUGCAAGGUAGCCAACUAUCUGUAUCCAGACGCCAGAGUACUUGCAGGACAUACUGAGGCCCUGUCAUUCAUCAAGGACAUGUCAAGGUCAUUCUACCUACGAGCCAUCAAGCCCGUCCCCGUCAGCGGGGCCUUCCACACUCCCCUCAUGUCAAGCGCCCAAGAACCCAUCUCAAGAGCUCUUGAUGCGGUUGCCAUAGAAACGCCAGUCAUCGGCAUCCACUCCAACGUUGAUGGUAAAGCCUAUGGCAGUCCCAAGCAUGUCCGUAAGCAGCUGAAGAAACAGGUGGUGGAGCCGGUCAUGUGGGAACAGACGAUGCAUUGCAUCUAUGAGAGAGAGAAAGGAACGCCGUUUCCGUUCACCUAUGAGAUGGGCCCGGGGAACCAGCUGGGAACCAUACUCAAAAGGAACAAUUUGAAGGCAUCUAAUUCCUAUGCAAAUGUAAAAGUGUGAACAUAUAUAUUUAUGUCUUUGAAAAAAAAAUAAUCAUGGAUAUUUUUAAUCGGGUCCAAAAUUGUGUCUGUGAGAAAGACGAGAAUGCAUAUUCCUUUCAUUGGACUGGGGGAGUAUUGUUUGAAGCAACUUCUAUUUGUUAUAAGCCCGUGAAAUUCUUGCAUCUGGCCGAGAGCAAGUGAAAACUUCACAAAAUGCUCCCCAGAAAAUCUGUCACGACUGACAAGGAAGAACUAAAGAGGAUUCAAAUACUUCCUUUUCUUCUUCUUCUUCCAGAGUAAUUGACUGAAUAGACAUGUUGAAGAUAAAGGCUUUGAAUAGUCAAAGUCCAAGUUCAAGUCUAACUUGGAGGAGGAGGAUUUUGUACUGAGAACCAUGCAGUGUACCUACUGGGUUUCAAAAUUCAAUAGAAAGACAACCUUGAAAAGUUGACUGUUGCAUGCUGAAUAUAAGGAGAAAUCUUCGAAGGUACUAAGUCUAUUUCGGUAUGUCACCAGACUGUAUUCAAACAUUUUGGGGGGGUCAUUGAGGUUUCCUUUAAUGUUAAAGUUGCAACAUCAUGCUAAUCAUAUUUAGAGGAGGAAGUCCGGAAUGUCAUUUACCAUUAUGAAUACAAAAGGGAAACCAAUACUUAUGGAAGUAAAACUAAGGAAGUUAAAUUGUAGGCAAAAUUAAAUAUUACAGGAAGGAGAGUGAAUUUUUUCUAGAAGGGAUUACUCAAAAUUGGCAACUCUAUAACAAAGUGUCAGUACAACAUGCAAGCUCAUAAAUGUAGUUUCUCUUUUCCCCCUUAUUACUGUUUUAAUCAGACAGCUGAUGGCCCUUUGUAUGAUAUGCCAUUACAUUUUCUGAUUUGAGAAUCGAAAAGAAACGUGUGAUACUGAUAGACAAUUUUAUUAUAGUUUCUAACCUUCCAAUACGAGUCAUCGUUUUCCUUCUUUUCUAUUACAAUGGAUAUGAUCAUUGUGAGAUCAAAGUUCAAAAUCAUGUACAAUGUCACAAAACUGUCUGAAUAUAAUAAUGACGAUGCCCUUUUCUUUUAUGGUUUAAACCUAAUUCGGUUUGGUGAACCAUUAAGUACCAAAGUCUAUCCAAACUCGAAUUUGAUAUGAACAAAUAGAGAAAAUUUAUCAGGAAUAUCAUAGUACAAGAUCAAGAUUAAAAGAAAAUUGAAAAUUCCCAAAAUUUCACAGCACCCCCCCCCCCAAAAAAAUCUACCCAUUCAUGCACAAUGCUUAAUACAACUGACAUGUUGCUAUUUGAAUAUCCACAUAUGUUUUUCAAAUUUGUUAAUUACUGAAAGAAUAUUUUUCCAAUUACAUAAGUCCACCCAUCAAGCGCAGGUGCGAAAUCAUGCUUCUGAUUUGAUGAAUAUAAAGUUAUGGUUGAUUUUUGGAGAUGUGUUGAUUGCAUCUCUUCCUGAAACACACCCCAUGGGAUGGUUGAUUUCACUCUCAUUCCUGCAGUGAAAUAAUUUCUUGAAUGUCAGUGUCAAUAACUUUUCACAAUAGACAAUGGUUUAUGAAUUCCAACUGCUCAACACACGCUCACAAUAGAAUUCCAUGCUUUUUUUAUACAAUGGGUCAGAUGCAUAAAAAGUAGCAGUCGCUUUUGCUUGCCUUUUGCUUGAUUCCGUAUGCAUGAAAAUGAGCAAGCAAAUGCUUUUGCUAGUAAGCUCAAGCAAUGAACUGCCUGCUAGCUUUUGCUUCACGAUUAAGCUAUGCUUAUUCGUAAAGCGAACAAUUUGCUUGUGCGUUUAAGCAUUUGCUAAUUUUUUUUCAAGCUCCGUCAGAGCAGCUUGAGUCUUUGCUUGAUCAGGACGUUUGUGUCUUAUAAUCAUGUGUACAUGUAUGUACCUAAGAGAGAACCCCAAGGUGUACAGUUUGUAAUGUUUUUUUCUGAGUAAGUGCAAACUGAAUGCCAAGUUAGUUUGACACCACGUCUGAGGAAAAGGAAAGAAGCGGUAAUUUGCACUGCCACACUUUUGCGUUCGAGUCCUGCCUUUUCUGUGAGUCGUGUUCGCACUAGUCUGCUAUGCAGACUCUGAAUGGCUCGUGAGGUGGGAUCUCAGCGUGCUUCACGCGCUGCAGCUGGUUUGCGAAGGGCAAGCGAAGCGAGCCAUUUGCUUGCCAGCAAAUGCUCCUUUUUAUGCAUCUGAUCCAUUAUAAAUUAAUUAAUUAGAAACAAGUUAUAGGAAUAGUUUGACACUAUGUCUAAGGAAAAGAUGUGACAGAAGAGAAGUGGUAUUUUGCAAUGCCACACUUUUGCAUUUCACUCCUGCGUUUGUUCUGUGGGUCUUGUUCACACAAGCGUGAUGUUGCUGUUGUUCAAACUGCUAGCAAUUGCUUUCUGAAGGCAAGAAAAAUGUUAAAGCACAAGCAAAGGGUUAUGCAUACAAAAUAAAGCAAUGCUAACUGUUUCUUAUUUCAUGUCCUCCAGCUUAUUUAUUAUGAGGCUUUGAAUACCAUUGUAAAAUAUUUUAUAACCCACCAGCCGGCUGCAGUCAUGUCUAUUUGAAUUAGAAUAAAUACCACAUGGUAACAGUAACAAAUA